AUGUCCAGCUCUGCAGAGGUCAAUCAACAGUACUUCAACUUUCACAUGCCGCUAACAGCCACCCAACAAAGCAAAAUCGCUGCCGAUUAUGAUCAGCGUUUUGCUAAAGUCUUUGAUGCGGUAAAUAAGGAGCUCCAGGGCAAUGCUGCCUUUAUUGGCUUCAAGGAAGGAGGAAGGCUCCUCGACUAUGCCUGCGGAACGGGCUUCGUCUCUAUCUGCUUUUCCGACAUUAUCAGCCAAGCUGUGGGCGUAGAUAUCACGGAGAAUAUGAUUGGCGCUUUCAACGCCAAGGCCACCAGCGCGAACGUGCCCGAGGAUCGUCGCAAGGCCUAUUUCGGCAAUCUCCUUAGCAAUCCUCCAUCUGCGAGUCUCGAAGGCCGUCUGUUCCACGACUUUGACGUCGCGGGUGUGGGUAUGGGCUUCCAUCACUUUGAAGACACCACCCUGGCGGCGACGCGUCUGGCCGAGCGCCUCGUUACGGGCGGCUCGUUGUUCAUCCUUGACUUUUUGCCGCACUAUGCUGAGCCGCACCACAAUGCCGCGCGGGGGGUGCACCACCUGGGCUUCGAUGAGGACAACACCCGCAAAAUGUUUGAGGCGGCCGGCGCCGCGGGUAACUUCGCGUACAAGAAGCUAAAUUCGGAGGUGCUAUUUGAGGAUACGCCGGAGCAGGGCCAGACCAUGCGUCGCCAGCUGUUUCUUGCCAGAGGAACUAAGACUGCGUAA